UGUCUAUCUGACCGCGCUCUACCCUUGCUCUGCUUCCACCAUGCCCAAGGUCGUCUCUCGCUCCGCCGUCUCCUCGUCCGCGGAUGCGCGUCCCACCGCAUCACAGGCAGCAGCGCUCCGCGUCUAUUAUUGCAUCUGCGGCGAGUUUAUUCUCGUCAUCGACAAGAGCUUGACCGCCCUCCCACGAAGGCAGACCGACGGCGCAGUCGUCGUGCGCUGCCAGGACGCCCGCGACGCCAAGGCGCGCGUGUUCAAACUGAACGCGACGGCCAAGGACCCCAUCCUCAUAGAGCGAGAAGGUGGGCACGAGAAACAGUACAGGUUUCACUGCCCUCGUUGUGCGCUUCCCGUUGCAUAUCAAUCCACGCCGCCCCCCGUGAAGUCUGGCCCAUACCUGUACAUCUUCAAGGGUGCCCUCAGUCAAAUUCAAGGCCAAGUGCCGUCAGACGCGUUCGAAGAUGAGAAACUGAUUUCGGACGCAGAUGUCGCGCGAGGUAAUGCACCCUAAUUACCAUACGAUCUCGUGCUACUGUGGCACGCUGUGUUCACAUUCACAUGCGUUCGAGAUGACCGUUAUUCAUUCACGCUGCGAGCAAUCACACGGAUGUAAUACAUAGCAAGUUCCCGUAUAAUGAUCUAUCCAUAAG